AUGAUAAAUCUGUUUGAUCAAGGUAGCUCUGCCUAUCAACUUCAACAGAAUCCGUUAAUUAGGUCCACCAGGAGAUCUCUAGAUCUAACAAUGUUGAGUGACCCAGCAAAAUACAGUGUAACGGCCAGUAAUAUGCUACCGCCGAUGCAUCCAAACUCACCCAGUAGUGUCGUUCUCUCUGGGUUGAGUAAUGGUUUGGGUGUAAUCAAUAAUAGUAUCAACAUUAGCAACAGCAGUAGCGGGUUGAAUGGCAAUAACAUUGCUGGCUCUUCACUUGGUGGUUCGAAUGGCAUAAACAUCAACGGUAGCAGCAACAGCAAUAGUAAUAACAAUAAUAGUAGUAAUGAGCAAUUUUCCCUAUUUAUUUAUAAUGCAACACCCAACUGUACAGAUGACAUAUACACUCCAUUCAACGUGGAGACAGCCGAACCAACACCACAACCAACACCACAACUAACACCACCACCACCACCAGUAGUCAAUAUUACCAGUGCUACAACACCAUCAACCACAACCACAACUACGACGACGACGACACCCGCUGCAGCAGCAUCAGUAGUAGCAACUACACCACCAUCGAUUUCAAACAUUGCAUCACCAUCACAAAACACCAACUACUUUUUCAAUAUAGCAGAGCCGACUUCACCCACUCAGUAUCAGAGUAAUAGUUAUUUUAAGAAUGUUGAAAGCGUUGAAUUCGUCAAAGAACUCAGAAAGAUUGUUGGACCAUACUGCGUUAUCCUGGCAAUCUCUGAGAGUAACAGUCCAAUUGAAUUUUCAUCGCUAAUCGAUGCCGGUGCCAACGACUAUAUACCACAACCAUUGACAUCGGUACUGCUAGAUGUUAGAUUAACUUGUACAGAAAGAUUGAUUGCCGAUCACCACUAUCUAAUGAAAGCAGACGAAAUCACCGACGGUGCCAAGAAAAUGAUUAGCUGUGUAGAAUAUAAUAAUGAUGGAAUUGAAAUUUGGGAUCCAAAUGGUCAUAUAAAAUAUUUAAAUUAUUCAACGGCUGAUUCAAUUGGUUAUUCAAGAUGGGAAAUAUUAGGGAAAGAAUUUUCAUUUCUUAUUGAUAAUCAGGAGAUUAUUCCUCAGAUGUGGGCGACAAUCACUGGUGGUAAACCUUGGAAUGGGUAUAUUCGUACGAAACACGCAAAUGGUGCAUUGGUAUAUUUCGAAUCUUCAGUGUCACCCGUGUAUGACACUCAACAAAAAUUGAUCUAUUACAAUUGUUCGAAGCGAGACGCAACACAGAAGCGAAUCGAUGAGGAAUUCAGAACACAAGAGCAAGAGCGUACCAUUGAGACAUCGCGACUCCGUCUAAGUAUGAUGUCACACGACAUUCGUACACCGAUGAGCGGAAUCAUUGGAAUGACAGAUCUUCUCGCUGAAACAGAACUUCAUCCACAACAAAGACAUUACUUGGAUAUUAUUAGAGCUUCAUCCAAUACACUGUUGAAUAUCAUCAAUGAUCUAUUAGAUAUUUCAAAGAUUGAAGCAGGUAAAUUAGAGAUUGAAAAUAGAGAAUUUGAUUUUAGAGAAACAGUUGAAGAUGUUUGUGAACUUAUGGGUGAGCGAGCACAAGCAAAAGCAUUGAGUUUAAUGUGUUUUGUUCAUCCUACUGUUCCUCAGAAUCUUAUUGGUGAUUCAAGUAGAUUAAAACAAAUUUUAAAUAAUUUGUUAGGAAACUCUGUUAAAUUUACAGAUAAUGGAGAGAUUCUUGUUGUUUGUAAUGUUGCUAAUGUAAGCGAAGAUAUUGUAGCACUAAGGAUAGAGGUUAAAGAUACUGGUAUUGGAAUCAAGAAGGAAGCACUACCUCUGUUGUUUAAGGCUUUUACUCAGGCCGAGGGUAGCAUAGCUCGUCAGUAUGCUGGAAGUGGACUUGGUUUGGCGAUUUGCAAGGAGUUGGCAAACUUGGCAUUCAAUGGUGAUAUUGGCGUCGAGAGUCAAUAUGGCGUUGGCAGUACUUUUUGGACAGUACUCAACUUUAAGCUGAUCAAUCCGAUCACAACAUCAAUGUCGGUCGGUGUUGCACUCUCAAAGUCACCCAUUCAAAUGCCUCAAACUCAAUCAUCAUUUGCCAACAAUCAUAAUCAUCACCAUCUUCUUCCAAUUGUCAAUGGAAAUCUUAAUCCCAGUCUCCAUCCUCACAACCAACAACAACAACAGCAUCAUCAUGAUCCAAUGAAUAUUACUCCAAGUGGUAAUGGUACUAAUGAAGGAACCGCUGCUGCUAUCCAACAAGAAGAUAUGGUAGUUAUGUCAAUGGUUCCUCCACUUCAGAACAUCGAUAGUUUGGCUCGAGAGUGCACUAUCAGCAGUGAAAAUCCACCCAAUUUCAAUGGAAUACGCGUGUUGUUGAUCGAAAGAAACGCGAACCAACGCAACUUUCUGACGCAACAGAUGGGUGUGUGGAAUAUAUUCUUGGACUCUACCGAUGAUGUCAAUGACGCCAUAGUCAUGUGUGAACAUGCCAUAGCAAUGCUCAGACCCUACUCAUUUAUAAUAAUCGAUCUUGCAACUGUUGGUAACGAUGCUCUCCUCCUUGCACAAAAGUUAACCGAACAAUCAAAGGCAAGUGGUCACAUGCUACAACUGAUCCUCUUGGUUCCAUUGAAAAUGAGAUCACCACAGCUCGAAGAAGAAGCAAGAAAAUCUGGAUUCGGUGAGAUAGUUACCAAACCAAUCCGAAUGUCUGUUCUAUUGGAUAGUUUGAAAUCUUUAUCAGGUUUACAGAGACAGAAAACAAUAAGAAGCGAAUCAAUUGUUUCAAAUCCUGACAGUCCACAUGAUAAGUUGGAGAUGAGAGUGUUGGUUGUCGAUGAUAAUAUGGUAAAUCGACAGGUAGCCUACAAGAUGUUGCAAUCGAUGGGUUGCAAUGUUGAUGUUGUAUCUAGUGGCAUGGAAGCACUGGACCGCAUUGAAAAGGUUACUUACGAUAUGAUAUUCCUCGAUAUUAUGAUGCCCGGAAUGGAUGGAUUCCAAGUGACCAAAGAGAUUCGUGAAAGAGAGUUGAAGCGAUCCAACGGUACCAAACACAUCCCUAUCAUUGCAAUGACGGCUAACGCUUUCAAAGAGGAUGAAGUCAAGUGUAUCAACAGUGGUAUGGAUGACUAUCUCUCAAAACCCAUUAAAAUCACUGAAUUCCGACUGCUCAUGUCGAAAUGGAGACAAAACAUCUUUUUGGCAACACAAACCAAAUAA